GGAGUUAGCGCAUUGACCACCGGAGGGCAACGGAAGCCGACACACAAUUUCACCCUGCAUCUUUUCGAAAAAAUUAAAUCCUCCAAAAACUUCACUCACGAUCUCCAAACCUCAGACACCUCCGACAACCACCACAAGUCGACAAACACAUCCGCCAAAAUGGGUCGUCUUCACUCCAGUGGAAAGGGUAUCUCCGCCUCUGCGCUCCCCUACUCGCGCAACCCGCCCGCGUGGCUCAAGACUACUCCCGCCCAGGUCGAGGAGCAGAUCUGCCGUCUCGCCCGUAAGGGUGCUUCCCCCUCUCAGAUCGGUGUCGUCCUCCGUGACUCCCACGGAAUCACCCAGGUCCGCUUCGUCACCGGUAACAAGAUCCUCCGAAUCCUCAAGUCCAAUGGCCUCGCCCCCGAGAUUCCUGAGGAUCUGUACAUGUUGAUCAAGAAGGCCGUCUCCGUCCGAAAGCACCUAGAGCGCAACCGCAAGGACAAGGACGCCAAGUUCCGCCUGAUUCUGAUCGAGUCCCGAAUCCACCGUCUCGCCCGUUACUACAAGACCGUCGGUGUCCUACCCCCGACCUGGAAGUACGAGAGCGCCACGGCCAGCACCAUCGUCUCAUAAGCGUAACCAGCGAGCGCGCGCGCCGAGGAUGAUUUGCAUGUGGAAUGCCUGGUCUGGUCAUGGAGUUCGUGGAAAACGGAAUUGCUUUUCGGGCAGCCACAAAAGUGAUGAGUGCCUGAUUAUUCUACUAGUUGCCUGAGAAAGGCGAUGAAUAAACAAUUACACAAGAGAUCAAUACGAGUCUCGUGAAGAACAACAGUAUUGAUUAUUUGCUUAAUC